AUGCUGAUAGUGCAUUGUGGGUCGGGGGACGAUGAUCUUCGUGCCCACGCCGUGGAGAUUGACGAGGAUUUCGAUUGGAGUUUCGAGCCGAAUGGCUUUGGCACGACACUUUUCUGGUGCAACUUGGCGGUAGAGGGUCGGCGGCUUUCUUUCGUGGCGUAUGAUCAAGGGAGCGACGCAGCUAAAGUCCAUUACUGGGUUGCCUAUGAUGACGGGCUCUAUGGGAAGGUGACCAGUACCGACGGGGAACGUUUUAUGGGUAAAUGGAAGUGA